UUUCUCUUGUCCCGCCUCCUCACUAGCACUAACAUGGCUGCCGCCGCCGUCGCCACUGCCCCGUCCGCUCUUCCGCUCCCUACUUCUGUUGCAGAGCAGAACGUACCAAGCUUGAGCAGGUCAUAUCCACUCCCCCCAACGCCUCCUUUAUCCGAUGACGAGCGUGAUGACGGCGCAGACCUCAAAUUAUGCCUCGAGAGCGAUGCAGAAAGCCCAUGUGAGCUCUCGCAACGUCCGCUUGUCUUCGAACGAAGCAUGGGCGACACGGAAGUAUCCUACUACCUACCCUCUCGUGCUGACGGUGUAAAUGACAUGUACCUUCAUCUUGGCUUCCGCGUUCCAACUUCUCUUCUUGCUCCCGCUCGCGUGCGCGCUGCGUGGGCAUAUAUGCGCCUCAUUCAUCCCCCUCUCGCUGCUCACGUGCGCAUGGAGCCUUGGGAGUACACUUCUACUCGCUUUGCAUACGCCCCACCGCGGUCUGUCGCCGAGGCUCUCUCUGAGGCCGACGCCGCCCUCGAGUUCAAGUCAGAGACAAAGGACGCUCUCAUCAACGCAUACCUCAAUGGUCCUCGAACGCUCAGCAAUGAGCGUUUGUCUCACCUUAUUUUAGGAAAUGUACCUGCGGAAAGAACACCUGGCCUUCCGACACCCGUUGCCACACCCGCAGCUGUAGAUGAACACGCCGAAGCCUUCCCGUCGGUUCCCGCUGACGAAGUGCUUGAGUUCGAUCUCCUGAUUUGUGCAGCACAUUUCCUUGGAGAUGGCAUGGCACUUCACACCUUCGCGAACGAAUUCUUCCAGCUGAUCGCUGGGAAGGACGAGAACGGGCACGAGCGAUCGACAGAGGCAAUUGAGGAAAUGCUCGAGCGGGAAUGGGUGUCACUUUGGGGCUCGGGGAAGGAGACAAAGAGCUCCGAUGUUCUUCCCCUGUCAUUGGAAGAUGCUCUUCCCCAAAUCAACGGCCGUUUUAGGAACGCUGCCGCGAAGGUCGACUUCAAGAAUAGCGAAGCGAAGGACAUCGGCGGGCAUGCAUUCCCCCGCAGGAAGAGCUCAAUUAGGCAUACGGUUGUCCCAACCGUCGCACUCGACGCGAAGAAGACCAAAGCAAUUCUCAAACGCUGCAAAGAAAACGGCGUAUCCAUCGCCAACGCCAUCUUCUCGCUCAGUGCCGUCGCAUGGAGCCGCAUGAAAGCUGAAGAAGACAAGACCAAAGCCCGACAAAACAGCGAGCUUCCACUGAUGAUGUACACGGCACUGAACAUUCGUCCAUACUUACUCGCUUCAGCUACUGCGAACCGAUCAUACUGGUUCACAGCGAUUGGUUACCUAAACGUCGUACUUCCGUCCUUCCUUCCUGCGUCCACCUCUGACUUCGAGGCGUUGAAGAGAACGUUCUGGCUUCGCGCACGAUCUGCGAAGAAGCAGAUCUCGCAGGGAGCUAAGAACCCGCUUCUCGUGAGUCGGACGCAUGAGAUGGCGCGGGUGAGGGGAGAACGUGCAAGGAAGUGGGCCCGUGAGGACGAUGAGAAGGAUGCUGGGAUCUGGACUCCGCCUGCUUCUGCUCGGCCGACACCCGCGGCGCCAAUAGCAGAGACUGAAUCCUCGAAAAAGCCAUGGACGUUACCCCCUGCGCCCUCUACUGCACUCAUCGGGCUUUCAAUGCUCGGUAACCUCGACGGCAUGUACGCACACGCAGACUACCCAUCCCUCGUCCUGCACACCCUUACAACGGGCUCGCGUCAGCGAAAUGGUGCUGCUCUGCUCUUUGGGUACACCUUCGCUGGUAAACUGUGGUUGAGCCUUGGGUAUGACGAGGAGGGCUUUGCGGAUGGUGCGAUGGAGAGGUGGUGGGCUGAGGUUCUGCGAGGGGUAGAUGAGUUCUUGGUUGAUUGAACUGCGCCUUAUUGGACUUGAUUUUAGAAUUUUGAUUUACAUUUACAUUUGACAUAUUGGCAUAUGUACAUACACAUUUACUACACUCAUUGCAUUUUCAUGUCUUGUCUUGAUGGACAUUGUUGACCUUUAUCAUUUGUUCGCUUGAUUUGUCUGUCUUCAUAUUUGCUUUGCUUGUUCUACAUGCUUGUUUUGGUAUCGCAUGGACGCAUACGUAGUAUUAGUAGUAGUGGUAGUUUUGAUUUUUGACUUUUUGGCCUUGCCUCGUUUCUGUUGUUGCAUGCAAUCAUUAUUCAAAUUCACCCCCUCCUGUCUUCGUCUCUCGUCUGAUGCUGCAUCUGUGGUCUAUUUCGAUAUUUUGAUACUUCUUGAGUUUGUU